GCAUCAGACAAUAUCACUGAAUGUGCGGACAUCCUUAGCCUUAGAGCUUUAUGUUGUUUCGACUCGGCGGCGCCACCAGUAUACUACACGGUCGUGGAAAAAGUCUCUUAGCCUUCUCCCUCCUCCCACUUGUCACACAAUUAUACACUAUGUACUCUCAGUCCUCUCAAUGAAACUCUCUCUCUCAUCCACAAAUUUCACAGGAACCAAUACUCCAACUAAAAACAAGGAGACUACUGGUGCCUCUUAUUGUUAUUAUUAUUAUCACCAUUUGUUUUUUUAACACCAUACAACUCAACACCACCUUUCACUACAAUAACAAACUCCUCUUCAUCUCUCUUCCAUUAUCACAAUAUAUACUACUAUCUCUCUCUUUGUUUCUUUACUAUAAAAAUUUGAAGACGAUUUGUUUUUGUAUAUUUAUUUAAUAAAUAGAUAUAUAUUAAUCGAUAGAUGUAUGCAUGGCUUUGAUUGUGGACAAGCAACAACAACAAACAAACUUGAAGCACUUCUGUAGAAUUUGCAAGAAAGGUUUUGGGUGUGGGAGAGCAUUGGGAGGGCACAUGAGAGCUCACGGAAUAGGCGACGAGAGCAGCCACCUGGACGAAGAUGACGCCGCUAGCGAUUGGGAGGAGAAGCUUGCCUUGGGCGACAUUCCGGCUACCAACAAGCGAAUGUAUGCCUUGAGAACCAACCCUAACAGGCUGCGGAGUUGCCGGGCCUGUGAGAAUUGCGGCAAGGAAUUCAUGUCAUGGAAAUCUUUUCUUGAGCACGGUAAAUGUAGCUCCGAAGAUGCCGAGUCUCUCCUAUCUUCACCAGAGUCCGACGGUGAUGAAACGGGCCGAGGGAGGGGCUGCAAUUGGUCAAAAAGAAAAAGAUCAUUCAGAGCAAAAGUUGGGAAUUUGGUAAUAAAUAACUCCUCUCAUAUUUGUCCUUCUAGUGAGGAUGAAGACUUAGCCAAUUGCUUGAUGAUGUUAUCGAAUGCUGCUGUUUAUCCUUUAACGGCCGCUGAGCCGGAGGAGUCUUGUGCUUCGGCAAGCAGAGAAGAAGAGCAAAUUCGAAGAAACACCAUCAGCUUCAACAUUGCACCAAUAUCAUUUAGGCUUCCGGUUGAGAAUAAUCGCAAUCUUAAUAAUAGUAACAUCAAAGCCAAAGCAGUAGCCAAAGGUAAUUUGUUCGAGUGCAAGGCAUGCAAAAAAGUCUUCAAUUCCCACCAAGCUUUAGGCGGACAUAGAGCCAGUCACAAGAAAGUGAAAGGCUGUUUCGCUGCCCGGCUAGACAACGUCCAACUGGAUGAUAGCCUUCCCUCCGUCAUGGCCGAUGAUGAUGCUAUCACCCAGGACGAAUUUUUCCCUACCAAAUCAAAUUCAACCUUACAAUUGGAUCAUCACCACCGCUCCAAUUCCCCAAUAGCCUCCACAUCCAAACGAAAAUCAAAGGUUCAUGAGUGUUCCAUAUGUCACCGAAUUUUCUCUUCCGGACAAGCUUUAGGAGGCCAUAAAAGGUGCCAUUGGAUCACAUCCAACACUACUGCUGCAGCGGACACUUCAGCGGCUUUGUCUAAGUUCCAACAGUUUCAAGAAAGCAUGGAACUACAAAUUCAUCAUCAUCAAAGCCGGCUAAGGAGACCCAAGUUCGAGGGUAAUGCUGAUGAUAAUGAUAAAGAUGAAGCCCUUGAUUUGAAACUGGACCUCAAUUUGCCGGCACCAGGGGGUGGUGAUAUGGCAAGAUCAGCUAGAACAGAUCAUCACCAUGGGAUCAGUAGAGCGGUAGUAGUACCAAGCUUUGAGAUGUCAACAGAGAUUUACCUGCAGCCGUGGAUGGGGCCAGCGAAAGACGAUCAUCAAGAAGAUAAUCAUCAUCAACACCAUAGAGAAGUUGACAAUUACGUGAUUAACAAGGAAGAACACAACAACAACAACAACAACAACAACGACAACAGUAAUAACAUCAUUAUUAACACAAACAACAACAACAACAAUACUACUAGUAAUGGAACUUAUACUAUGCAGAAUAAUAUUAUGGUGGAAGAUGAAGCUGACAGUAAGGUGAAAUUAGCAAAGCUAAGUGAGCUUAAGGAUAUUAACGUUAAUGAGGGUUCCUCUCCCUGGUUGCAGGUAGGGAUUGGUUCAACGAUUGAUGUUGUUGGAGUUGGCCCUUAAUUAAAAGUGAGGACUUUUCUCCAUUU